UGUUUAUUCAUUCAUCUGUUAUAUGAUUCAUUGAAUAACUUUGUCUUUCUCAGCUCUACACAAACUAAUUUAUGCGCAGUUAUCAAGAGAAAAUGUGUAUGCUAAUGAGGUGAUCAUACUCCUAAUGGCCAGUUACACGGAAAAAGAAUUCCAUCUUUAUUCACACUGUCUGAAAUACCUACAUCAUAUUGGUCAAUUGAACAAUAAUACUGCUUAUAAUGAAUAAUUUAUAAUAUCAUAGUGUAUUUAAAUGUUUCUGUGUCAGAAAUGGAUACUACAUUGUUUAACUGUAUUCAAUAUCUUCCAUUUGAUCACUGGAUGUAUAGCGUUAAGCAGUGGGAUUUAUGAAUUCACAUAUAGUGAAUAUCACUUUCUUAGAGGAAAGUAUGAGCUAUCACUAUUCACUGGAUCUUAUAUAACAUGUACGUGUGGAGUGUUUAUUCUAAUUACUAGCCCACUUGGAUGGGUUGGAAUUUUGUCUCAAUCAAAGAGUUUAUUGACAAUGUUCUGCAUACUGUUGGUGCUUAGUGGAAUUUGUUUACUUGGUUGUGGAAUAUGGGCAACGAAGUACUCUGAAAAUAUUCAUUACGAAUUAGAACAAAUGUUCAACAGACUAUUAGAUAAUUAUGAUGAGAAACGUUUGAUGGUCAAUGAAGAUACGAAAUUUUUUAAUUAUUUACAAUAUAAACUUGAUUGCUGUGGUAAACUAAGCGUUGAAGAUCUGUCAGAUCGUAAGCCAAUUUUGGCAUGUGGACUGAAAGCUGGUGAAAAGAAGGGUUGUUUAUCAAAACUCACCGGUUUAACAAAGUCAGGUCAGUUUCGUAUUGCGCUAGUCAACUAUUGUAUAGCAGUUUGUCAGUGAACUACUGAUGCGGGUUACAAACUGCUGCACCCUGGAUAGUCAGAAAUAUGGACUAGGUAGAAGAAAUUCUUUAACGUCGAAUAAAUAAUUACACAUCACUAUGUAGUAGCAUGAAAAUUCCUUCGUUUUUGGACUAUAAUUAUCUUAUAUAUAUAUAUCGGCUUUUGUCUACUCGUCCAUCAUUCUCUUUUUGCUUUUACUAAUUACAUUUCAUUUACCAAAUGUAUAAUAAUUAUCAUGUAGCCAAUUCUAAUUUUUUUUUGCAGUCUGAGUAGUCUUCAUUAUUCACAGGUAUACUCUGGAUUUUUGAAUAAUUUCUGAUGUGAGUGAUAUUUCUUUGGUUAUUGUAGCUAUAGCCAAAUAACUAUUUCAAUCAAAACAUUGUUCAAGCCUACUGAAAUUUAGUAUACAAGUGUGUUGUUGUACAGCUAUGUGAAUGAACUCGUUGACAAGGGGAAUGUCUCUCCGAACUAUUUUUUUUCACCAGUAAUUUAGCUAAUAAUGAUGGACAAAGGAAUUUUGGGUGCGCAAUUUGUCCUAUUUUGGACUAGUCAACUGGAUUUGCCUGUAUCUCAAAGACUCAAACCUAUCUAUCUACUUAUCUAUCUAUCUAUCUAUCUAUCUAUCACUUCACUUUUUAUAUCCAAUGUCUUGAUAGCUUUUUCUACCAUGUUCAUCUACCUGACUAUGAAACACUCCUGUUUAGACGUUUGACUUACAUGAAUGGGUAAGAUACGUUUUAUUUAAGCCACUUUGAGUAAUUUUAUUUAACAUUUACACAAACUAUACAUAAAAA